GAGGGCAGGAAGUAAGGAGGCGGGGCUUCUGGAUGGGGUACGCGCUUGCGCAAAGGGCCGGUCUGAAGAGUCGUCUUCGCUUUCGCCUCUCCUAGGAUAAUCCAGGAGAAGAAAGAUGAGCUUCGUCUAUGGACUGCAAUCUGCUACUAGAAACUGUGUUUUCUUCCGAUUUCAUUUGCUGACCAACUGGAGACUGUGUAACACACUAGCUGUCACCUCACCAGACUGCCAUCAAGUACAAAUUACUCAUACAGUUAAUAAGUAUCAGGGUCUGGGAGUACAGCAGUGUGAUAGGUUGACUUUUCUGCCUAAAAAUUUUUAUUCUUAUAGGACUCUUAAUACCAAAAGACCAGGAUGCCUCUUGAGCGUGAGCCAUAAAGAAAUUUGGAUGGUUACCCCAACAUGUGGUGCACGGAAUGACUCUUUUUCAAGACACCUCCUGAUAGAAGAAGUUGCAGGAGCUUCUUUUCUCUCAGUAUUGCGUCCCCUAAAGUGUCUUCGCAUGAGAGAGAGAGACAUCAGGAGUUUCCACACUUCUCCUCGGUUUCAAGCCGCUCCGGUUCCUCUCUUGUUGAUUAUUCUUAAACCAGUGCAGAAACUAUUUGCAAUCAUUGUAGGCAGGGGCAUAAGGAAAUGGUGGCAGGCACUUCCUCCUAACAAGAAGGAACUAUUUAAAGAAAGUUUAAGGAAGAAUAAAUGGAAGUUAUUCCUUUGUUUCAGUAGUUUUGGAUUGCUCUUUGUAGUGUUUUAUUUUACUCACCUGGAAGUGAGUCCUAUCACAGGAAGGAAUAAGCUACUAUUAUUGGGGAAAGAACAUUUCAAACUUUUAUCCGAACUGGAAUAUGAAGCAUGGAUGGAAGAGUUUAAAAAUGAUAUGCUAACUGAGAAGGAUGCCCGAUACCUAAUGGUUAAAAAAGUGGUUUAUCAUUUGAUUGAGUGCAAUAAAGAUAUUCCAGGGAUCUCUGAGAUCAAUUGGACUAUUCAUGUGGUUGAUUCCCCAGAUAUAAAUGCCUUUGUGCUUCCAAAUGGACAAGUGUUUAUCUUCACUGGGCUUUUAAAUAGUGUAACUGAUAUUCAUCAACUUUCCUUUCUUCUGGGCCAUGAAAUAGCACAUGCAGUACUUGGGCAUGCUGCAGAAAAGGCUAGCUUGGUUCACUUACUGGAUUUCCUAGGUAUGAUUUUUCUCACAAUGAUUUGGGCUGUUUGUCCUCGAGAUAGUUUUGCACUCUUGGGCCAGUGGAUACAGUCUAAACUGCAGGAGUACAUGUUUGAUAGACCAUACAGUAGAACUUUGGAGGCUGAAGCUGACAAAAUUGGACUACAGCUUGCUGCAAAGGCUUGUGUGGACGUCAGAGCCAGUUCAGUGUUUUGGCAGCAGAUGGAAUUUGCAGAUAGCCUCCAGGGUCAUCCCAAGUUGCCAGAAUGGUUAUCCACACACCCUUCUCAUGGAAAUCGAGCUGAGCACUUGGAUAGACUCAUACCUCAGCUCUGGUUUCACUCUUCCCUGCUGAUGUCAAGAUGGCUGCGAGCAGCUGCCAAGGUUACCUUGCAACUAUUGAAACAAAACCUUGAAUACUAACUGCAAUCUCUAAAGAGCAACCCAGAAACAGUAACCACCACAGGGGACGGGUGAUCCCGACAGGAUGGAGCUGAGGAUGGUUACAGUCGGCACCCUACAAACAGAGUAGCUCACAUACAACCACAGCGCCUGUUCAGUAACUGAAAUAAAAACCUGUUACGUUUCUCCUCUUUCAGCAGGCAAAGAAACAAGAUAAUUCUUUGCAGAUUUGGUUCAGAAAUGAUAACUUAAUCUGAGCAAAAACAAUAUUGCCUAAGUUUUGUUUCUGUUGAUAGUAAAUUUGCAUUAGUGUAUUUGCUUUAUCAUCCGUAAGAUAUUUUUUUUCCGUUGCUCCUAUCCUCAAAACCAGCCCAUGUGAUUGGAAGGACAAGUGGUGUUAUUUACUCAUAAGGAAGAAGACUAAAGCUUGGAGGAGUGAGUCAAGUUACCCGAGGAUGCACUUCAAGUGAACGUCUGAACUGGGAUCAGAAGGAAAGGGUUCUUGAUUUGUAAUCCGGUGCUCUCUGAGCAAUACCACACUCUUUGUGGAGGGAGGUGUUACCUACAUUUUUUAACUGGAAACCAAAGCUCAAAGAUACUAGGCAACUGUGUGCCCAGCACUACUCCGCUCAUAGUGGCAGAACUGAGAUUCAAACCCUCAUCUGCUGACUCCAAAGUCUGUGCUCUCCAGCUAGUUACUGCUACUCCGGGUGGCAAAUCUCAUGAAGGAAGUGGUGAUGAAGAGUGUUCAUUUCCUUCACCCCUCCCUUGGGAACCCUCCUUUCUCUUAAAUGCAUUCAUUUUAAUACUCUAUGACAGGUGGUAAAAAUAUUUAAGUACAUUCAUAUAUGGGAGGGCUAAAAUUCUUAUUAAUCAUCUUAUAAUGUGGUUUUUUGUUGUUUAUUUAUUUUCAGAGAGCGAGAGAGAGA